GGGAAGGGAACAGGUUGCCUGAAAGGAGAGACCUGCCUGGCCCGGCCUUUCUCCUGAUCAAACCUCACAAACACCAAACCGCCCCAUCCAUCCAUCCGUCCAUCCACCACCACCGCAUUGCAACGACCACGCGUCUCAACUGCUCGCCAUCAGCAGCUUGCGACGCCGAGUCAUCCCACCGCGUUUCCUCCCAUCUACCUCCCUUCCGGUCCUUUCCCCCCUUCCCCCCCUUUCGCGUUUGUUGCCUUGUUGCUCCCUAGCGCUCCUCGUUAUCCCGCCCGUCCCGCACGGCGCAUGGAAGCUUCCGCCAGCUUCUCCUCGAAUCGUCGCCCGAGUGCCUGCCCCGUGCCUCAACAUCCAUCCGCCCCACGACCGCGCUUGGCAGCUCCCUCCCGCGUCGUCUGACUGCGUUCGAGCUUUCAAGGGCAUCAUCGGCCUUGCGCCCCUCUCGUCAAGCAACGCGAACCACCGGCGCCAUGGCGCCCAUACCCAUCAAGUUCCAUGAGCUUGUGCAGCUCGCCAAUGUCGGCGUCGACACGCAAUCCAUUGGCUUCAACUCCUGCACCCUCGAGUCCGACGCCUACGUUUGCAUCCGAGAAAAGAAGAACGAGGCCGCUCAGCCCGAAGUCGUCAUCGUCGAGCUCAAGAAUGGUAACAACGUCACCCGCCGGCCCAUCAAGGCCGACAGUGCCAUCAUGCACUGGAGCCGGCAGGUCAUUGCCCUCAAGGCCCAGUCCCGGACGUUGCAGAUCUUCGACCUCGAGCAGAAGAAGAAGCUCAAGUCUUGCACUAUGAACGAGGACGUCCAGUUCUGGAGAUGGAUCAGCGAGUCCACCCUGGGCUUGGUCACCACCAGCAGUGUAUACCAGUGGGAUGUGUACGAUGCCUCCCAGGAGGCUCCGACCAAGGUUUUCGACCGCAACGCCAACCUCAAUGGCUGCCAAAUCAUCAACUACCGCGCCAACGAGGAUGGCAAGUGGAUGGUGGUCGUUGGCAUCUCCUCCCAGCAGGGCCGUGUUGUCGGCGCCAUUCAGCUGUACUCAAAGGACCGUGGCGUUAGUCAAGCCAUCGAGGGCCAUGCCGCUGCUUUUGGCUCCCUGCGACUCGAGGGUGCCCCCCAGGACACGAAGCUCUUCAGCUUCGCCGUCCGCACCGCCACCGGCGCCAAGCUCCACAUCGUCGAGGUCGAUCACCCAGAGUCGAAUCCCGUCUUUCAGAAGAAGGCGGUCGACAUCUACUUCCCCCCCGAGGCGACCAAUGACUUCCCAGUGGCUCUUCAGAUUUCCCAGAGAUACGGCGUCAUCUUCAUGGUGACCAAGUAUGGCUUCAUCCACCUCUACGACCUGGAGUCGGGGAGCACCAUCUUCAUGAACCGCAUCUCGAGCGAGACCAUCUUCACCAGCUGCGCUGACAGUGACUCUUCCGGCCUCGUGGGUAUCAACCGCAAGGGCCAGGUCCUGUUCGUGACCAUUGAUGACUCGACCAUCAUCCCGUAUCUCCUCGAGAACCCCGCCAACACAGAAAUCGCCAUCAAGCUUGCCUCUAGAGCCGGACUUCCUGGUGCGGACAACCUCUACGCGAAGCAGUUCGACCAGUUGUUCAACUCCGGCAACUACAUGGAGGCUGCCAAGAUUGCGGCCAACUCUCCCCGAGGCUUCCUACGAACGGCCGAGACGAUUGAGAAGUUCAAGAGGCUGCCUGCCCAACCCGGCCAAAUGGCCUUCACUCUCCAAUACUUUGGUCUGCUGUUGGACAAGGGCGCCUUGAAUCAGCAGGAGACUAUCGAGCUGGCCCAGCCGGUUCUCCAGCAGAACAGGAAGCACUUGCUUGAGAAGUGGCUCAAGGAGGGCAAGCUGGACUGCUCCGAGCGGCUCGGCGACAUGGUCCGCCCUUACGAUGUCGACAUGGCCCUGUCAAUCUACCUCAAGGCCAACGUGCCCCAAAAGGUCGUUGCGGGCUUCGCUGAGACCGGCCAGUUCGAAAAGAUCCUACCGUACGCUGCUCAUACUGGUUACCAACCCGACUAUAUCCAGCUCCUCCAGCACAUCAUUCGCGUCAGCCCCGAAAAGGGUGCUGAGUUUGCGACAGCGUUGGCCAAUAGCGAGCAGGGCCCGUUGGUCGACUUCGAGCGGGUUUGCGACAUCUUUCAAUCCCAGGGCAUGAUUCAGCAGGCCACCGCCUUCCUGCUCGACGCGCUCAAGGAGAACAAGCCCGAGCAUGCGCGCCUGCAGACUCGUCUCCUGGAGAUGAACCUCAUGCACGCUCCCCAGGUCGCCGAGGCUAUCCUCGGCAACGACAUGUUCACCCACUUCGACAAGCCCCGGAUCGCUCAGCUUUGCGAGCAGGCUGGCUUGGCCCAGAAAGCGCUAGAGUUGUACGAGGACCCGGAGUCUAUCAAGCGUGUCAUCGUCAACAUUCCGGGAAGCGCCAACUUCAACCCGGAGUGGUUGACGACCUUCUUUGGCAAGCUCUCCGUCGAGCAAUCCCUGGACUGCCUCGAUGCCAUGAUGAAGCACAACAUUCGGCAGAAUCUUCAGUCGGUUGUUAAUAUCGCGACCAAGUACUCCGAGCUGUUGGGCCCCGUCCGUCUGAUCGAUCUCUUCGAGAAGUACAAGACGGCCGAGGGUCUCUUCUACUACCUGGGCAGCAUUGUAAACUUGUCCGAGGACCCCGAUGUGCACUUCAAGUACAUUGAAGCCGCCACGCGCUCCAACCAGCUGAACGAGGUCGAGCGAAUUUGCCGCGACAGCAACUCUUACAACCCUGAGAAGGUCAAGAAUUUCCUGAAGGAAGCGAAACUGCCGGAGCAGCUGCCUCUCAUCAUUGUGUGCGACAGGUUCAACUUUGUUCACGACCUGAUCCUCUACCUCUACCAGAACCAGCAGUUCCAGGCCAUCGAGUCGUACGUUCAGCGCGUCAACCCCUCCCGAACUCCGGCCGUCGUUGGUGGUCUUCUGGACGUCGACUGCGAUGAGAACAUCAUUAAGCAGCUUCUUGGUACCGUCAACGCCCAGCAGAUCAACAUCGAUGAGCUGGUCUCUGAAGUCGAGUCGCGCAACCGCCUCAAGCUUCUGCUUCCUUUCCUGGAGGCCACGCUUCAAGCUGGCAACCAGCAGCAGGCCGUCUACAACGCUCUGGCCAAGAUUUAUAUCGACUCCAACAACAACCCUGAGAAGUUCCUCAAGGAGAACGACCAGUACGACACCUUGACUGUCGGCAAGUACUGCGAGAAGCGCGACCCCAACCUGGCGUACAUCGCCUACUCCAAGGGCCAGAAUGAUCUUGAGUUGGUGAACAUUACCAACGAGAAUGCCAUGUAUCGUGCGCAGGCUCGCUACCUGCUUGAGCGCGCCGACGCAGAGCUUUGGCGAUUUGUCCUGAGCGAGAACAACAUCCACCGACGCUCGGUCGUGGAUCAGGUCACAUCUACUGCCGUGCCCGAGUCUACUGACCCGGGCAAGGUCUCGAUCGCUGUGUCUGCGCUCCUUGACAACGACAUGCCUCUUGAGCUUAUCGAGCUGCUCGAGAAGAUUGUCCUGGAGCCUUCGCCAUUCAGCGACAACCAGAACCUCCAGAACCUCCUCCUCUUCACUGCUGCCAAGGCGGACAAGGCUCGCGUGAUGGACUACAUCCACAAGCUGGACGGCUACAAUGCUGACGAGAUCGCCUCGUCCUGCAUUGAUGUUGGGCUAUUCGAGGAGGCCUUUGAGAUCUACAAGAAGGCCGACAACAAGGAGGCCGCUGUCAACGUUCUCGUUGAGCAUGUUGUUAGCAUCGACCGCUCGCAGGCCUACGCCGAGGAGGUUGACAUCCCCGAGGUCUGGAGCAAGGUUGCCAAGGCUCAGCUGGACGGCCUGCGGGUGGCGGACUCCAUCGACUCUUACAUCAAGGCUGACGAUCCCAAGAACUACCCCGAGGUUAUUGAGAUUGCUACACACGCCGGAAAGAACGAGGAGCUCAUCAAGUAUCUGCGCAUGGCCCGCAAGACCCUGCGCGAGCCCGCCAUCGAUACCGCCUUGGCUUUCUGCUACGCUCGUCUGGACCAGCUGGCCGAGCUCGAGGACUUCCUGCGGGCUACCAAUGUCGCCAACAUCGAGGAGUCUGGCGACAAGGCCUACGAGGAGGGCCUGUUCGAGGCCUCCAAGAUCUUCUACAGCAGCAUCUCCAAUUGGGCCAAGCUUGCCACGACACUGGUGCAUCUCGGCGAUUACCAGGCCGCCGUCGACUGCGCUCGCAAGGCCAACAAUAUCAAGGUCUGGAAGCAGGUUCACGAGGCCUGCGUUGAGAAGAAGGAGUUCCGCCUGGCCCAGAUUUGCGGCCUGAACCUCAUUGUCGAUGCCGAGCAGCUGCAGACGCUCGUCAAGGACUAUGAACGUAACGGAUACUUUGACGAGCUCAUUAGCCUCCUGGAGCAGGGUCUUGGCCUGGAGCGUGCCCAUAUGGGCAUGUUUACGGAGUUGGGCAUUGCGCUCGCCAAGUACCAUCCGGAGCGGUUGAUGGAGCACAUCAAGCUCUUCUGGUCCAGGAUGAACAUGCCAAAGAUGAUUCGUGCCUGCGAGGAAGCUAACCUCUGGCCCGAGCUGGUCUUUUGCUACUGCCACUAUGACGAAUUCGACAAUGCCGCCCUCGCUGUCAUCGAACGGCCCGAGAACUCUUGGGAGCACCAGCAAUUCAAGGAAAUUGUCGUCAAGGUUGCCAACUUGGAGAUCUAUUAUCGGGCGAUCAAGUUCUACGUGGAGCAGCACCCUUCGCUGCUCACGGAUCUGCUUGCGGCGCUGACUGCUCGCGUUGAUGUCAACCGCGUCGUCAAGAUGUUCCAGAAGAAUGACAGCCUGCCGCUGAUCAAGCCGUUCCUUCUGAAUGUGCAGUCACAAAACAAGCGCGUCGUCAACGAGGCCGUCAACGACCUUCUCAUCGAGGAAGAGGACUACAAGACGCUCCGGGACUCUGUUCAAAACUACGACAACUACGACGCUGUCGAGCUGGCUGGCCGUUUGGAGAAGCAUGACCUGAUCUUCUUCCGCCAGAUUGCCGCCAACAUUUAUCGCAAAAACAAGCGUUGGGAGAAGUCGAUUGCGCUGUCGAAGCAAGACAAGCUGUUCAAGGACGCAAUUGAGACCGCCGCAACGUCGGGUAAGACUGACAUUGUCGAGGAUCUCGUCCGAUAUUUCGUCGACAUUGGACACCGCGAGUGCUACACUGGCAUGCUGUACGCCUGCAACGAGCUCAUUCGCCCGGAUCUCGUCCUAGAGCUGUCGUGGCGCCACGGACUCACAGACUUUAGCAUGCCUUACAUGAUCAACAUGCUUGCCCAGCAGACCAAGGAGAUCGCACUCCUCAAGUCGGAUAACGAGGCUCGCAAGGCCAAGGAGAAGGAGCAGGAGAAGACGGAUGACAACACUCCGAUCCUCGGCGCCGGGCGGUUGAUGAUCACGGCUGGGCCCGGCGGCAUGGGCGGCGCCUCGCCUGCGCCGUACGGCCAGACCAACGGUUUUGCGCCGCAACCCACCGGCUACGGAUACUAGAUGCACUUACCCGUGUGGGUCUGGUUCCCUGCGCACCGCAUGCAGGCGCCGACCUACGAUGCCAACGGCUACGGAGGAUUCGGGUCGCGGGCCUGCUCUGCGGUGUCACGGAGAAUGGAUGAUUCAGGAAUUUCACUUUAAGCUUACGACUGUACCCAUUGAUGCCCCCUUGAUUUGCUCUUGAUUGUCUUGCGGAAAAGGGAAAGUUGCGGACACGUGCUCUUGGGAUGGCACAACAAGGGCGGCGGUGUCCGGAUUUGCCAUCGCGUUUCGAUUUGAAAGGAUGACGCUUGGCCGUCACGGGGGGAGGGGGGGCACGGCUUUGCCUGGCAUGAAGUGUUUCACGUGGCUCUUGCCACGGCUAGACUAGAGGCGAGGCAUACUGCGAGCCAGACGCGAGGACGAUGGGGCAUGUUGUAUGAUAGUAAUCAAGUCUUGAUUUGAUUGUUC